AUGAAUAUCAAAGGAAUGAUAAGAGUAGAUCAUGCAGGUGAAUUAGGAGCAGUGACCAUUUGCAAAUCUCAUAAAAUUGUACUAGGAGAGGAUCCGAUUGUUAAUGAAAUUUUGAGUCAAGAGGUUGAUCAUUUUGCAACUUUUGACAAAAUGAUAUUGGAACGAAGAGUAAGGCCAACCAUUUUCAGGUCAUUAUGGCAACCUGCUGGUGUCAUGUUAGGUGUUGGUACUGCCAUGAUGGGUAGAAAUUAUGCUAUGGCUUGUCAUGAAGCAAUUGAAAAUACUAUUUUCGAUCACUACAAUGAACAAUUAAGAGAUAUUUAUGACAUGUCUAUUAAGAAGACAGAGGAAAAGAAAGAAUCAGACUCGGAAACUGAUUACUAUUUCAAAUCAGAUCAUCAAAGACAGGAAAUUCAAGAAAAAGAUCUCAGAGAUAUAAUUAAACAAUACAGAGAUGAAGAAUUACAUCAUCAUGAUAUUGCAAGAGAUGCCAAUACUGAAAAGGAAAAUUUACUUUACAAAUUAACUUAUGGAUUUGUAUCAACAGGAUGUUCUAUUGUUAUUGCUCUUACCAAGAGACUUUAA